GAGUUGCAAGCUGCCUUGGAACUACAAUGCAUUCAGAACAACCAAUUUUCUGUGGCUUUAGAACAUGAACAGUCAGCAAACAGUAAUCUCCGCAAAGAACUUCAAAUUGAGCAUUCUCGCUGUGAGGCUCUGUUGUCCCAAGAACAAAAUAAACUUUUGGAAUUGCAGAAGAAUAUAGAGCUUGAGAAGAAACGUAAUUUAGAACUUUUAAGUGCUUUGAAUCAUGAACGUGUUUUAACAGAACAACUGAGCAUGAGGAUAAAUGAAUGUUCAUCUUGUAAGCAUAAAGAUUCAUUACAGGAAUUGCAAGUCCAGUUGUAUAGAGAAAGGUCUCAUGCUAGGGAACUUUUGGCUACAAUUGAGAAGACACAGAAACAGGUACUUGGUUCUAAAAAAAUGGGUGAAAUACAAAUGUACAGUGAAGAGCCUCAAAAAAAUCAAGAGCUGCAUGUUACAAUGGGUCUGCAAAAUAAAGAACAGGAAAUUCAACAUGCUUUGGAAAUGCAGAGGAAGAAAGAGGCACAAAUGAAAAAGGAAUGCGGACAAUUGCAAUUGGACCUCAGAUUACUGAGAGAUCAGGAGAACAGGACAGAACAAACAGUAAGAGAUGGAAGGCAUAAGCAACACACAUUUAGUAAAUUAAAUGAAAUGCAAGAUGCUCAAGAAAGUCAGUGGAAAUGCAACACUGGAAGAAUCAAGGCACUGCAACAGAUGGUCAGAGACUUGAAGGAGCAGAGAAAAUACUUCAGUGAUCAUAGAAACCAACAUAAACCUCCUUCUUCAAAUAAGUAUGCCAACAUAUGCUCUGCAACAGACACUAUAGAGCUGCAUGAAGAACAAAAGAAAUUACAGAAUAUCAGAGAGCAAUUGAUUUCUGUAGCUGCUUAUCUUUCUGAGUUUGUAUAUAAAACUGUAGACAAAACUAUUAACUGGCCUGCAUCAAGUGAUGAAACAAUUGCCACUUUGCUGAAUAUUCUUGAACUUGAAGCAGAACUAUCAACAUCUUUCAAACCUGUGGGGGAAAAACCGGAUUUGCAGAACUGUAUAAAAGCAACAGAGUACGAAGCCACCAAACAUAACUUGGUGAUGGAAAACAAAUCAGUUAUGGCAUCUUCCAAUCUAAAGAUGCAAAAAUUAUAUAGAAAGUAUUUGAGAGCAGAGAGCUUUCGGAAAGCUCUAGUUUAUCAGAAGAAAUACCUUCUGCUGCUCCUGGGAGGAUUCCAAGAAUGUGAGCAAGCAACUCUGUCCCUGAUAGCUCGUAUGGGCAUUUAUCCUUCCCCUCCUGAUUUAAAUGUUUCUGAAUCACGGGGCUAUUUUUUCAUCAAGUUUAGAUCUGCGGUCAGAGUGAUUAUUGCAAUAUCAAGGUUAAAGUUUUUGGUGAAAAAAUGGCAUAAAGUAAGUAAGAAAGGAUUGGCAUCAGAGUCCAUUUCUCCCAGCACUGGACACAGCUCAUAUCUCAGAACGAGAGUAGAAGCUCUAAAACAGCCUUUACCAAUUGAUGCUAGUCAAGAAGCUGGAUGCUGCAAUAUAAAUGGCUUCAUGGGACUUACAAACUGCUCACCUCAAUCAUCACAUUUCUUCCAUGACAGAUCCACUAGCUCUGCUUUUCAAGUUUCAUCUAAAGAUCCUGAGCAGUCAUUAACUGACUACGUUGCCCGUUUGGAGACCAUUCAGCAGAGACUAGGAAUUCUUAUGCUAGGACAGGCUCCACAGCAAGAAAGCCUUUAAUUGUAGUGAGAACUCAUCCUGGAUCUGAACUACAGAAAACAUCUGCCACCACAUUAUUCUCUGGUGAAUGCCUUGUGUGAGCCAUAUACCUGCCUUCGUAGAGUCUGACAGCAUUGAUGUUCAGUUGAAUAAAACACUCUGUGUCUAUAA